UCGGGAUGACUCAGUCCAUGCAUCUUUAAUGACUCGCAAAGGAAAUAAGGUGUAGCAGUGUCGGUCGCUGGCGGUACUUGUGUGAAGGAAGAAGAAGAAGAAGAAUUACGGAGGAGACAUUUGAUGCAGAGUAUUUAUUUCUGCAUUUGAUGUGGGUAAACCAACGGAGCACAAGAUACUUGCAAACCGACCCGCCGUCGGUGUUUCACUCAGUACAAAACACACCUGGAGACCCUCCACCGUCGACUAGCACGAGACAACUUUAUUUCCGGCUGUCUGUCAAACUAACUGUCAGACACGAGCGAGGGGUUGAGCUCGUGCUGCUCCGUCAUUCAGGAAGUCCUCACCGACUGACAGAAAGUCCGACUCAAAGCCCUUGAGUGAGUGUGCGCCUCAACAACGACGACUCUUUCCUACAGUUAUCGUCCUGUUCGGAGCUUCUGUAAAUCAGCAGUCCUCUGUUGAGCCCGGUUCAGUGGCGCUCUCCUUGCAGUAUUCCCUGCUGGAUCCCCUGCUCCUACACUAGUAGUGUUUAAAGUCCCCCUCCCCUUGGAGCCUGCAGUCCUGCCUGCAUACAGGGCAAGAGGUACAGCAUUAACCCAGUCAUGAGGAAAGUCGGCAAGAAAUCAACUCUAGACUUAAACUAAGGAGAGCGAAAGGGAGAAAGAAGCUGGUGUGACACCCCCUUUACACAUUUCCUACAGGUCAAGCUGGCCAAUGCCGGGCCCAUCGUGGACAUCUUGUGGCGGUAGCAGCAGCAGCAGUAGUGUCAAUGUGAGCGUGGUGCCCGGCGCCUAGCCCAUGUCCAGCCCAUAAUGCCGUCGUCCACACGGAAAGGGGUGCCGAAGGACCCCGAGCUGGCCGACCUCUUCUUUAAAGAUGACCCCGAGGAUGUCUUCUGUGACCUUCACGAGAUCGGACAUGGCAGCUUUGGGGCCGUUUACUUUUUCAUAAGAAACCACUCCAAGAGAUGGAAAUUGCUGCCAUUACCCAUGGUGCCUUGCUAGGACUGGCUUACCUACAUUCCCAUAAUAUGAUUCACAGAGAUGUGAAAGCUGGUAACAUCCUGCUGACUGAGCUGGGUCAGGUCAAACUGGCUGACUUUGGCUCUGCCUCCAUUGCCUCACCUGCCAACUCCUUUGUGGGAACACCUUACUGGAUGGCCCCAGAAGUGAUCCUAGCCAUGGACGAGGGUCAGUAUGAGGGGAAAGUGGACAUCUGGUCCCUAGGGAUCACCUGUAUUGAACUGGCGGAGCGUAAACCCCCCUUGUUCAACAUGAAUGCCAUGAGUGCCUUAUAUCACAUCGCACAGAACGACUCUCCCACGCUACAGUCCAAUGAGUGGUCUGACCCCUUCCGGAGCUUUGUCGACUACUGCCUACUGAAAAUUCCUCAGGACAGACCCUCAUCAGGGGAGCUGCUACGACAUGAUUUUGUGCGUCGGGAACGCUCGCCGCGCAUUCUCAUCGACCUCAUCCAGAGGACCAAGGAUGCGGUGCGUGAGCUGGACAAUCUGCAGUACCGCAAGAUGAAGAAGAUCCUAUGAGAAGAAGUUCCAGCAGCAGAUCGUGGCCCAGCAGAAGAAGGAGCUGACCACCUUUCUGGAUAAUCAAAAGAAGCAGUACAAACUCUGUAAGGAGAAGAUUAAGGAGGAGAUGAAUGAGGACCAUAGCACACCCAAGAAGGAGAAGCAGGAGCGUCUGUCCAAGCACAAAGAGAACAUGCAGCAUUCCCAGGCCGAGGAGGAGGCCCAUCUUCUGGCCCAGCAGAGGGUAUUCUACGACAGGAACUGCCGCGCCUUCAAGCGCAAAGUCAUGAUUAAGAGGCACGACUUGGAGCAGGAACAGAUCCGAGAGGAACUGAACAAAAAGAAGACCCAGAAAGAGAUGGAGCACGCCAUGCUGAUCCGCCACGACGAGUCCAUGCAGGAACUGGAGCACAGGCAGCUGAAGACUCUGCAAAAGCUGCGGAUGGACCUGAUUCGCCUACAGCACCAGACAGAGCUGGAGAACCAGAUAGAGUACAACAACCGACGCGAGCGUGAACUCCACCGCAAGCAUGUGCUGGAGCUCCGGCAGCAGCCCAAAAACCUCAAAGCUUUGGAGCUGCAGAUCAAGAAGCAGUUCCAGGACACGUGUAAGGUGCAGACCAAGCAGUACAAGGCCCUGCGCCACCACCAGAUGGAAGUGACGCCCAAGGCCGAGCACAAGACGGUGCUCAAGGCCCUGAAGGAUGAGCAGACACGCAAGCUGGCCAUCCUGGCUGAGCAAUAUGAGCAGAGCAUCAACGAGAUGAUGGCCUCGCAGGCCUGCUCAAUGCCUACCAGAGCAAGAUCAAGAUGCAGACCGAGGCGCAGCACGAGCGCGAGCUGCAGAAGCUAGAGCAGAAGGUGUCACUGCGCCGGGCUCACCUGGAACAAAAGAUUGAAGAGGAGCUGGUUUCCCUUCAGAAGGAGCGAACCGACCGGAUCAAACACCUGCUGGAGCGCCAGGAGCGGGAGAUCGACAGCUUCGACAUGGAGAGCAUGCGACUGGGCUUCGGCAACCUGGGCACCCUGGACCUUCCCAAGGACGACUACAGAUGAGGGGCUGACCUAUCCGCCGCCGCCGUCUCUGGUAGUCCCCGGGCUCAGUACACCCCUCCUCUCCUUUUACCUGACCUGACCUGACAGUGCAGGUGUUCACUGCUGCUGACGCCCUCACUCAAACACACACAGACACAAAAAAAAAUAAAAAACGAAACAGCUCCAGAAUCAGCUGUUUCCUGGGCCGGUCAGACAGAGUCAAUGGCAGGUUUUAGUGCCCCCAAAACCACCUAAACUUCCUCCCCCUCCUUGCCUCUCAUGGUGUCACAAGAUGACAAAAAAAAUGCUGGAUAACUUCCUGUAGUUGUCAUGUUUUUGUAAGAAUAAUGAUAACAUAGUCACAGUGUUUAUUGUUUCUUGUGCAAUGAUGACACUUUUGGUGUGACUAAAAGUGGGAGACGAGAGAAGGAGGGAGAGAAAAAUGAGGGGCGGAUCGAUGAGCGAAGAUCGCUCCACAACCAUGCAUUUUUUUAGAGGUGAUUGAUUUUUUUUUUUUUUUUGGGGUUAGUUUUUUCAGUCUCAAGCAAAAAAAAUGUGUUGAAGCGAUAAAUCAAACAGCUGAUCCUUCCACAGCUGUUGGUCUGCGCCGCUUCUUUAAACACUUUCUGGUAUUUAUUCAUCAGGACAAUUUAUGACAAAUUUGAUACUUUGAGAGACAAAUAUCACGAUGUACAUACAGGUACACUUCUGAUAAAUGUGACUCCUUCAGGGGUGAAUUUGAUUACUGAGGGGAGGGUGAAUGAUGGUACUCAAUAUGUGUAUCGUACUGAUUUCUCUGCACUGGCAGCCAAUGUGAAUAAUAAUACAUGUGACACGUGAACUCCAACUCCCAGCUAGCACAAAGGGCUUCAUGUGGGGGGGCGGGGUGGGGGGACUUGUAAUUUGUGUAUAGAAGGAUUUAUGGAGAGCUUUUACUUAUUUUCGUAUUGUAUUUUAACUGUCACUCAAAUCAGAAAAGAAUUUUUAAAGGCGCUUUUUUUCUCCCCCCUCCUCAGAUAGUAUUUGAGUCAUCUAUCAAUGGGAUUUUCAUUGGAUUUUCUUUUUUUUUUUCUUUGCUUUACACAACUCCCGAGCUGUGUAUUUUCUUAUAAACCAGACCAGUAUGAUGCUUUAUUAUUGCAUGCACUUUAAUUUUUUUUUUCCAGGUUAAAAGAAAGCAUGAAUCUGUCAGAGCUUUUAAUUAUAUUUGUAAAUAAAGUGCUCAUCACACAAA